CUGCCUGUCUUUCCAAAACUGUGAGCAGCGCUGACUGGCUUGAAAAGAACUUUGGCAAUUUCUCCAGCUAUGCCACCUUGAAGGAUCUGCAAACUCUGAAUGGAAAUUUCUCCAGUUUCGAAUCGCUGGCACUGCUGACCCCUACCCAAGCAGCUGAACUCACAUUGAGCUCUGGAGCGCUGAACAACACCAACCAGAUCAGCGCUGUGUUCAACCGACUGCAGGAAGGCAAUGCUUUCGAGAACGUAGAGGAGUUUCUGACGACACUGAGCGCGGCUCCUGAGGUUCCUGAUAUCACCCCUGCUGUGAGAGAUGUGAUGAUGAACCGAACCUUCACGAUCAUCCGAGAGGAGUUCCGGAGAUUUGAGGCCCCUGACUGGGUUGUGUGGUUCACUGUGAAGCUCAUCCCCAUCCUCCCCAGUUUCACCGCAGAAAUGCUGGUUACAGUCGCAGCUGAGAUCAACUGCACCAACUACCAUGUGAUCGUUAAAGGACUGGGAUCUGUGUUCCCCGAAAUGACACUCCAUAGGACGCAGGAGAUAACCAAAGUUCUGGUGGAGCACCUGAAAAGUUUUGCCACCCAAUUCAACAGUCCAGGUUGCAGACAGAACGUUAGCAGCGAUGCUCAAUGGCUUAAAAGCAACUUGGGUCCAUUCACCACAGUGGCCAAUUACUCUGACCUCAAGGACUUGAACAUCAGCGGGCUGGCAGCUCUGGAAACCCUGUCGCCCAAUCAGAAAGCAGAGCUGCUGUUGGAUCCAUCCAGCGGUGCUCUUGAAAAUGCGACCGCGGCGACGGAGGUGUUGAGCAGCAUCCUAAAAACCCCGGAUGAGAAGCAGCUUGAGGAAUUCUUUGAAACAUUCGUGCAGGUCAGCAGGGAGGCAAACAUAACCUACAUCACAAACGUGCACGUACGAGAGACAAUGCUGAACCUGACUUUGAGUGCUCUGGCUCCCAAAUUCCCCCUCUUCCAAACGAGUGACUACGAGCUGUGGUUCCAAAUCAAUCUAGCGCUCCUGCUGGCCAGCUUCCGUCCUUCGGUUCUGGUGGUGAUCCCCACCAACCUCACCUGUGACUCUUACGAUGCAAUACUGAAAGGCCUGGAGAUGGCUUUGGCAGAUCUGCCAAGUGGAGUUAAAGUGGAGCUCGCGUCAAGUGUAGAAGAACUUCGACAGUCGCCACCAAAAGGCUGCCUGCCUCCCCUCCCCGUCGGUUUAUGCAAAGAAACAUUAGUAGAUGAAAAGAGGCUGUGUCAAGCUGUUAGCAGUGGUCAACUUGAGACUCGGCCUGCAGAUUUCUCGGGCCGGCUGUGCAACUUCAGCAUCUCUGAAUACGCCUGCUCUUCGGUCGCAUCAACUCUGUCCUCUGACGAGCUCUUCACGCUGCUGACUUGCAAAGCGGCAAUCGGCACGAGCAACGGCACUGAGACGUGGAAGCUUUUCUUCCAGAAAGUCGCAGGAGUUCUGGAGGAUGCUCUGUCAAAGUACUCCAACAAGUCGCUCAGCGGCGGUCAGCCUCAGUCCCAUGUUCUCGAUGCCAUUGGAGAGGUGAAAGUCAACAACUUCAGCGCUGCACAGCUGACAGAUGCCAGCUUCGUUGCCGCCUGGUUCCAGGACAGGCUAAGACCCUUUUUGUCAGCAGUCUCUGGACACCUUCUGUCUUGCCUUAGCACCAAGAACUUCAGUUGCGACACCUACCAAGUUGUGGUGCAGGCUCUCAGUGCUCAAGCAUCCCUCAUGCUGGAGGAGCAAAAACAGGACGUCUUCGCUAAUUUCGUUCACCGCUUCCUCUCGAGGCGUGACCUAACAGGUCCUGCCUGUCUUUCCAAAACUGUGAGCAGCGCUGACUGGCUUGAAAAGAACUUUGGCAAUUUCUCCAGCUAUGCCACCUUGAAGGAUCUGCAAACUCUGAAUGGAAAUUUCUCCAGUUUCGAAUCGCUGGCACUGCUGACCCCUACCCAAGCAGCUGAACUCACAUUGAGCUCUGGAGCGCUGAACAACACCAACCAGAUCAGCGCUGUGUUCAACCGACUGCAGGAAGGCAAUGCUUUCGAGAACGUAGAGGAGUUUCUGACGACACUGAGCGCGGCUCCUGAGGUUCCUGAUAUCACCCCUGCUGUGAGAGAUGUGAUGAUGAACCGAACCUUCACGAUCAUCCGAGAGGAGUUCCGGAGAUUUGAGGCCCCUGACUGGGUUGUGUGGUUCACUGUGAAGCUCAUCCCCAUCCUCCCCAGUUUCACCGCAGAAAUGCUGGUUACAGUCGCAGCUGAGAUCAACUGCACCAACUACCAUGUGAUCGUUAAAGGACUGGGAUCUGUGUUCCCCGAAAUGACACUCCAUAGGACGCAGGAGAUAACCAAAGUUCUGGUGGAGCACCUGAAAAGUUUUGCCACCCAAUUCAACAGUCCAGGUUGCAGACAGAACGUUAGCAGCGAUGCUCAAUGGCUUAAAAGCAACUUGGGUCCAUUCACCACAGUGGCCAAUUACUCUGACCUCAAGGACUUGAACAUCAGCGGGCUGGCAGCUCUGGAAACCCUGUCGCCCAAUCAGAAAGCAGAGCUGCUGUUGGAUCCAUCCAGCGGUGCUCUUGAAAAUGCGACCGCGGCGACGGAGGUGUUGAGCAGCAUCCUAAAAACCCCGGAUGAGAAGCAGCUUGAGGAAUUCUUUGAAACAUUCGUGCAGGUCAGCAGGGAGGCAAACAUAACCUACAUCACAAACGUGCACGUACGAGAGACAAUGCUGAACCUGACUUUGAGUGCUCUGGCUCCCAAAUUCCCCCUCUUCCAAACGAGUGACUACGAGCUGUGGUUCCAAAUCAAUCUAGCGCUCCUGCUGGCCAGCUUCCGUCCUUCGGUUCUGGUGGUGAUCCCCACCAACCUCACCUGUGACUCUUACGAUGCAAUACUGAAAGGCCUGGAGAUGGCUUUGGCAGAUCUGCCAAGUGGAGUUAAAGUGGAGCUCGCGUCAAGUGUAGAAGAACUUCGACAGUCGCCACCAAAAGGCUGCCUGCCUCCCCUCCCCGUCGGUUUAUGCAAAGAAACAUUAGUAGAUGAAAAGAGGCUGUGUCAAGCUGUUAGCAGUGGUCAACUUGAGACUCGGCCUGCAGAUUUCUCGGGCCGGCUGUGCAACUUCAGCAUCUCUGAAUACGCCUGCUCUUCGGUCGCAUCAACUCUGUCCUCUGACGAGCUCUUCACGCUGCUGACUUGCAAAGCGGCAAUCGGCACGAGCAACGGCACUGAGACGUGGAAGCUUUUCUUCCAGAAAGUCGCAGGAGUUCUGGAGGAUGCUCUGUCAAAGUACUCCAACAAGUCGCUCAGCGGCGGUCAGCCUCAGUCCCAUGUUCUCGAUGCCAUUGGAGAGGUGAAAGUCAACAACUUCAGCGCUGCACAGCUGACAGAUGCCAGCUUCGUUGCCGCCUGGUUCCAGGACAGGCUAAGACCCUUUUUGUCAGCAGUCUCUGGACACCUUCUGUCUUGCCUUAGCACCAAGAACUUCAGUUGCGACACCUACCAAGUUGUGGUGCAGGCUCUCAGUGCUCAAGCAUCCCUCAUGCUGGAGGAGCAAAAACAGGACGUCUUCGCUAAUUUCGUUCACCGCUUCCUCUCGAGGCGUGACCUAACAGGUCCUGCCUGUCUUUCCAAAACUGUGAGCAGCGCUGACUGGCUUGAAAAGAACUUUGGCAAUUUCUCCAGCUAUGCCACCUUGAAGGAUCUGCAAACUCUGAAUGGAAAUUUCUCCAGUUUCGAAUCGCUGGCACUGCUGACCCCUACCCAAGCAGCUGAACUCACAUUGAGCUCUGGAGCGCUGAACAACACCAACCAGAUCAGCGCUGUGUUCAACCGACUGCAGGAAGGCAAUGCUUUCGAGAACGUAGAGGAGUUUCUGACGACACUGAGCGCGGCUCCUGAGGUUCCUGAUAUCACCCCUGCUGUGAGAGAUGUGAUGAUGAACCGAACCUUCACGAUCAUCCGAGAGGAGUUCCGGAGAUUUGAGGCCCCUGACUGGGUUGUGUGGUUUACUGUGAAGCUCAUCCCCAUCCUCCCCAGUUUCACCGCAGAAAUGCUGGUUACAGUCGCAGCUGAGAUCAACUGCACCAACUACCAUGUGAUUGUUAAAGGACUCAGUACAGCUUAUUCUCAAAUGAUUGUCAAAAGAAGAGAGGAAGUUGCUGCAGGCCUUGUGCACUACCUAAAGCAGUCUGUGCACCAGAUCAAUCAACCAGCCUGCAAACAGGACAUCAAAAAUGACACUGACUGGCUGGUUUUGAACCUGGGUCAGUUCUUCACCUAUGUGCCUUAUUCUGACUUGGCAGAAUUCAACAUCUCUAGGGAAGCAGUGUAUGGUUCUCUCACUGGUAAACAGAAGGUAGAGCGAAUCUUGACACCAGGUCUGUUGGAGGAUGAGUCUGACGUGAGAGAAGUGUUUGGAUCUGUUGUAAACUCUCAAUACGAGAACCAUUUGGAUGAUUUCUUUAACAAAUUCAUCAGCACUUCUGCACAGAGAAACGUAUCAAGUAUCAACACUGCUGUGAGCAGCAUCAUUCUGAACAUGACAUUGAUGGACCUGGUGACCAGAUUUGACACCUUCACCCCGCAGACAUUUGCUCUAUGGUUCCAGACUUACCUGCACCUGUUCCUCCCUGGGAUCAGUCCAGAUAGUCUUUCUGUCAUCCCUAAGACCAUCAGCUGUGAUUCUUACAGAGAAAUCGUGAAAGGCUGUGAUAACGUUUUCAGCAGCCUCACAGCAAUUCAGACUAAUGAUGUCUACCGUUUCACACGUGACUAUCUCUCCCACCAGCAGGGCCAAGGUCAGUCCUGUGUGCAGAGUACAAACAGUGACUCUGAUUGGCUGCUAAAAAAUUUUGGCCAGUUCCGCAUAUUUGCCUCCUUUACUGAACUGAUCAACUUGAAGGGAGACUUCAAUGGGGUUGAAGCUGCAGACUUGCUGACUCCAGCCCAGCUGGCUGAGCUUUGCUCCGCCCCUUCACGGCUCCGCGGACCGCAGGAUGUUUACACUGUGAUGAGUGCUGUUGAAACACAGCAGCUUUCAGACUUUUUUGAUGUUCUUUCUCCAAACAUCCAAGUGAACGAACUGAACUACUCUGUUGAGGUGAAGCAGGCGUUCCUCCAGACGGUGUUUGUGAGAGGCGGGCUGUCGUCUCCCUCAGUCAGUGAUUCAGAGGUGUCAGUCUGGCUCAGGGUUCGACUCAGACCUCUGCUGUCUGCUUUGAGCUCAGCAAACGUUACAGUAUACUUUGACAUCGUCAGGACUCGAGGCUGCGGCGUCAGACAGGAGGCUGUAAGUGUGCUGGACUCUUUAAGAACGGCUCUGAAUGAAAACACACAACGUCAGAUCUAUAACAACAUCCAACAGUUACUCACAGAUGCGGAGCCUCUUCGCUGUUAUGGCAACGGGAGUUUCUACCUUUUCCUCAAGACUUUCUUCCUUCAUUUUGGAUUUCCGGACCUGAGCACCUUCCUGUCUCUGAUCCCUGUGGACAGGAGGCCUGAGGUGUUGAGCUCCAUCUCUACAGUAGAGCUGAGCGAGUUUCUGCAGGCGCCGCAAACUCUCGGGGACGGAACGGGACUCUGUGAUCUGCUCAGCCAGUACAACCGGACCACACAGUAUCUGGAGAAGGAGCCGCUGGGGUCCGUGGCUUUGGCCCGGCAGGUGUUGUCCUGCGUCUGGCCUCAAGUUCUGAAGAUGGAGCUCCAGUCUGAGGUGGAUCAGUGGUUUGAUUCUCGACUUGUUCAGUAUCUGCCGCUGCUUACCUCACAGUUCAUCGGUCCAGCACAACUCAGCAACGCCACCUGCCUGCCGUACAAAAAACUUGUUUCAGUUCUUGGAAACAACUACAACUUCUCCAAAACUGAUUUCACCCCAGAAGAUGUUUACAGCUCCAUGAAGGUGUAUCUCACAAAUGGUGGCUCUCCGCGGUGUUAUGACGCCUCCGAUUCUCAGCUGAACUCCACGAACUGGCUUGUCAGCUACAUUGGCGUCUUCAUCAGCUACGUCACUCUGUCCGACCUCAACUCCUUCGUUUCAUCUAACCAGAUCGGCGUGUUCUUGGAAAACCCGGAGAACCUUCAGCUGCUCAACAGCACCGUAACCAUCCAGUCCAGUGUAGCGAGCUACUAUAUCACACAGCUGUACAUCCAGAACCCCUCCUUCAACCCCAUCAGGUUGCCAGGCCAGUUCCUGUGUGGAAUCCCAUCAUUUGCAUUUGAGCUUCUGGGAACAUCAGACAGUUUGUUGCUCAUCCAACGAAUCAAUGUCUUCUGCAAUGGAACCGAAAGCCCUGAGAUCACAGCUGCUCUCGCUGCCAACCUCCCCUCCAUCUCCUCCUCUACCAUACACCUGCUCGGCAAUCAGAGCGUCGGCCUGACGGAGGGUCAGAUAAGCUCCGCCUCCUCUGAUGUCAUCAAGGGCGCGCUGUCCACUCUCAGCGCCGUCGAUGGCUGGAAUCAGGGCCAAGCUAAUGCAGUCAUACAAACUCUCAUUGAGUCUGACUUUCCAAUCGACUCCGGCUCUUCCCUGCUGUCUCUCGGGACACUCGUCAAGGGUGUUCCAUCAGAAACCAUCUCCAGCAUCACACCUUCAGAGCUCCUGAGCAUAUCCAACAAUCCCACCUUCAUCAGCAACAUCCUCUCGGCUCCGGUCAUCCUGCAACUCGUUUACGUCAUGAAGAUCGUGUCCAUCAAUGAAACUAAAGUCAUUGAGAAUGUCCCGGAUGCGUUGGCUGGAUCGAUCCCGCGGGUGUUGCUGGUUCCUCAGGAGUCAGUGAAUGUAACCCUGAUCAACCAGAAGCAGUGGACGCAGGAGCAGGCUGUGAUGCUGUUUGGCUCUGUAGCCAGUGUCAGUACGGAUACAGAGGAGCUGUCCGAGGCGCUGCUGCAGGGUUUCACCUGCACUUCCAUCCAGACGCUCAGUGAAGUGAAGGUCAAGCAGCUGGUCAGAGCCUGCAGACAUCGGCCCGGACGUAAGAAGGUCCAGCUGAAGGAGAGUCAGCUGAUGUGCAUGUACAACUUCGUGAAAGACGAAGCCUCGCCGAGCUUUACAGAUUUACCUUCAGAAACGCUGCUGUACUACAGCUAUGAGAAGGUGGCGAAGGCAAAUUGCCGCUCGUAUUUCAGCGCUGUAGGAACGGCAGAUUACUCUGUUCUUUCCAGCGUCCUCGACAAACAGACGACUCUGUUCAACAACGCACGAGACUGUCUGGGCAUCUCGGGUCAGAGUCUAAGCAAAGCUCAGGUGGAGGUUCUGGGGAAUCUGUCGUGCACGCUGGACCCCGUCUACAUCCAGAACUCUGAUCCAGCCAUCAUUGAGAGCCUGAAGAACUGCCACGAUCUGUCCGAGGCUCAGAUCAGUGCGGUGGAAACACUGCUGCUCACGGGAAACACGGCCUACGGGAACUCUUCAGUGUGGGAUCAGCAGACGCUGGAGCGAUUGGACAUCCUGCCGCUGUACUUCACUGAGGGCUUCUGGCAGCGGUUCAACGCCUCUGUGAAGAGGAAGUACAUGAAGGUGUUCAUGCCGUCUUUGAGGACGAGAAACACAGAGAAGCCGAAACUAAAGAAACUCUUUAAGAACUGCAAUGCUGAGUUAGAUGCUAAAAGCAGAAUCAGGCGCUCCGCAGUCUGCACUGCAGGAAACAUCACUGAAGCCACCAUCACUGACGCCUCCUUCCCGUUCGGCUACACUUUGGCUCAGUUCGACGCGUGUCUGGACGUCAGGGUCCUCCGGGAUAACCUGGCCGCGGUCACAGAGAAGGUGGACGACAACGAUUUCCAGAGAGUGGUUCUGAACAAGCUGAAGCAGGUGUAUCCCGGCGGUCUGGCCGACAGCGUGCUGAAGGUGCUCGCGUCUGUUUCACGACAAGCCACGGUGGAUGAAAUCAGGACGUGGAGCGUCACCACCAUCGACACGUUAACCACUCUGAUGGACAAAAACAACGGGGAAUGGGAUCGAGACAAGAGUAAGGAGGUGAUCCUCAGGUAUCUGAGUGUGGCCGGACACACUUUAGGCACUAAUGAACUGAACGUGAUCGGCUCGAGUCUGUGCUCACUGAACAUCUCAACACUGCAGAGCAUUAAAGCUGGAGACCUGAGCAAUGCAAAUGUUCUGGAUCUUUCCUCAUGUUCAUAUGAGCAGAAAUCAGUUCUGUACGUCACUGCAAACUCCUCAUACAGAGCUCAACGCAACAACGGCCCGAUUUACUACCACCUCAUCAACCCUUACCUCGGUGGAGCUCCGCUUGAGGACGUGAGGGCUUUGGCCUCUUAUAACAUCGCUAUGGACGUCAGCACCUUGAGAAGCCUUAGCUUACCUGUUGUCACGAGUCUGAGUGUGUCUGAUGUUCGGGCUCUGAUGGGUUCGGCCGUGGCGGAUCUGAAGGUGUUUGAGAACGACUCUGUGGUUCAGGCCUGGAUCGCCUCACAGCCGCAGUCUCAGUUAGACACGCUGAAUCUGGGUCUGCGUGGAGGUCGAGCCGAUCUGAGCACAUCGUCCGCUCCCGUCACCGGACAGACCAACAUCAACGGCAACAGCACGCAGACGCCCACUCUCAGCCAAUCAGCUACAACUGUCGCUGCAGAAGGAUCUGCAUCAGCACUUCAUCUCGGUCCAGGCGUGUGGUUCAUCUCAUCCUGCGUGUGGCUUCUGACUUUAACAUGAUACUCGAUCAAUGAAUCCAACAUCAGUGAAAAUCAAUGAAAUCAAUAUCAAAAAUCCAUUACACUGAUUCAAGCACUCCAUUAGAUCAAUAUUACUUCUUAAUAUCACUAAUCUAUUUUCGUUGAUUUUAGAACCAGCUCAUAUUUGUUCUGAAAUGAUUUUUAAUUUAAUGUUAAUGACCGUAUAACAAAUAUAUGUUUAAUUUAAGAUAUUUCUAGUCUAAUAAAAGUAAUUACACUUAGGAUGAAAAUUGAAAUGAAGGAAAUUGCAUUUUGUUUAAUUAAUAUAAUGAUAGAAUAACAAAUGAUCUUGUGCCUUAACUGUCACUGUAAAAUUAUUCAUUAUUUUUUGGUUUCAAUAAAAUGAACAUGCAUCUUUAUGAUUUCUUGAUAAAUGUGUGAGUUAUGUAUCAAAAUACCUGCAUUCCAAUUUUUGUGUAGAAAUGUACACAGAUGUGAGCUGCAUCUGUCUAAACCUCGUUUUGGGGACGGCUUCAUUUAUCAAUAAGUAUAAAAAAGGUUUUUUUUUGUUUUUUUGUUUAGUUUUUAAAGGCGGGGAGAACUUUAUUUUAAACUUACUUUAUUUUUAAAACUUUAUUUUUAUUAAUUACUUUGUUACCAAAAAUAUUUUAUUGCAAAAUGCAUAAAGUUAAGGUGAGGGCUAUAGUGUUUAUAACCAGAUAUAAAACGACAGAAGUCUGUUAAAUGUCUCCAUUUACACAGCAGAGUAAACCUCAGUUUGAAUGAACAUAAAACCUAUAAAUAUAAUACUUACAGUUGUGGUUUACUCAAUAUUGCGACAAUAUCUCUCAAAAAGUUGGCCCUCUCAAGGCACCUUUUCAAAAAUAUGAGAAUUUGCCUCUCUAUGAUACGUUAUCUUAAGAAAUAUAUUAAAAUUUGUUUUACAUGAUUCUGUAAUUCUGAUUUUUGUUAGAGUACUUGCAGUGAUUAUUUUGGUCAGUAAUGUUGGACACUUUUCCAGGAGGAUGAAUGUCUGGUGUUGAGUUACAGAUGUACAGAAAUUCCUUUGAAUUUAAGUUUAAUAAUAAAAAAUCAAUUUUAAAAAUUUAGAAGCGGAAAUUAUAUA